GAGUACUUUUGCCAUGCCUGAAAUGCCCUGAAAAUCAUGAGAAUAGAUUAGUUCUACCUAUGUACGAUAGUGAGCCUCUAAGGAGAGUUGACGAAAUCAUGAAGAAGCAAAAUGGCUAUCUUUAUGGACCUUCCUUGAUCGGCAAUAGUUCAUACUUCCCUACCGGAAUUCUUGGAAAUGCUAUGGUUCAACAAGAUCAAGAUCAGUGGUACACAGAUGCCUACUCGCUGACCUCGCAUGUUGUGGAAGAGAUGCAAUUGGCGGCAGAUGCCCUAAGAAAGGCUGGUGGUCUCAAAGUACCACUCGACUAUCAACACCUUUAUAUCAACCAAUGGGAUAAUUCUGUUCCCAAUGGAAUUGCUUCGGGCGUGUUCACGAACUACAGCUCAGAUCUUUUAUUCUCAAUGGAACGAUUGUCUGUGAAUCCAUACGCAGUACGUCGCAUUCAUCCAACUGCUGACGGACUACCAUUCAUGGUCGCGGAUGAAAUCACACGAGAGCUUGCUGGCAUGAGUUUAGAAACACUUCAUCGCGAAGGUCGAUUAUUUCUUGUUGAUCACAGCUAUCAAGCUAGAUAUCCUGUUUCUCCAGGUCGAUACACAUCGGCUUGCAGUGCUUAUUUCUUCAUCCAUCCAAAGAGUGGUGAUUUCCUCCCACUUUCUAUUCGAACAAAUGUCGAAACCAACCUCAUUUACAGCCCACUGGAUGAAGAAACUGACUGGCUGCUGGCCAAGGCUAUGUUUAACAUGAACGAUUUAUUUCACAGUCAAAUAUUUCAUCUAGCAAAUUCGCAUGCAGUCUCAGAGAUCGUUCAUUUAGCAGCACUGCGAACAAUGAGUGAUAAGCACCCGGUUUUUAGUCUCUUGAAUCGCUUGAUGUACCAAGCUUACGCAAUUCGACCCGUUGGGGAAAAAGUGCUGUUUAAUGAAGGAGGCUUUUUUGAACGUUCGUUCUCUAUUAACAGUGAGGGCGUGAAACUCUUUGCAUCGGAGUUUUAUCCUACACGAGCCGGGCCUUUUAUGCCCAAUUUCUUUCACAAAGAUCUUACCACACGAGGACUUUUGAAUUGUACUUAUGGCCCAGCUCUGAAAAGCAUGCCAUUCUUUGAGGAUGGAAACGUUCUCCAUUCUAUCAUCCUGAAGUUUAUAACUUCGUUUGUUGAAGCUUAUUAUGACUCUGACCAGACACUUGCUCUGGAUAAUGAGCUGCAAGCGUGGGUUCGUGAGGCCACCGAAGCUGCUCUUGUCAUCGACUUUCCCGCUUCGCCAUUGGUGCGUAGAUCAACUCUUGUCGAUAUCCUCGUCCACGUUGCAUUUCUUAAUGGGGUCUCGCACCAUGUUCUGAACAGCGGGGAACCCGUUGCAACAUCUGGCGUUCUACCUCUGCACCCUUCCGCGUUGUACGCACCCGUACCAAAGAAGAAGGGUGUCAAGGAUAUCAUGUCUUUCCUGCCACCGGUAGAUGACGCUGUGGAACAAAUUGCUUUAUUUGCGAGGUUCAAUCGACCGCAUCUCGUCUCAGAGAAUGGUACCCUGACACAUAUGUUUAACUCAAGAGAGCUUUUGGGACGUGGUUGUAUCGAGGUAAGACGGGCGGAAGUCGAAUUUCGUGAGGCGAUGCAGAAUUUUAGUGAAGUGGUUGGAGGUAGAACAUUUGACAUAGAUGGACUCUCGCAAGGCAUGCCAUUUGUGUGGAAGGGUCUUGAUCCGGGUCAGAUACCGUAUUUCUUAAGUGUUUAGAUUCAAAAUGUUUUUUUUCUCCAAUUUCUGUAUUGAAGUUUGCACUGCCCGCAGUCCAAAUACUGUAUGGUGACUGUUGAUUCACAAUCUCAAUAGUAGAAGAUUGUUCCUUCAAUAAUAUGAGGCA